AUGCCGCUCAAACCCACUGCGCAGAAACGCAAGGCCUCCGUCCUCUUCGGCAGCGGAUCCAGCACCAAGGCCACCAAGGACGUCAAGCUCGAGAAACGACCCUUCCACCAGCAGGGCGCUCCCUGCCAAAAGUGCCACGCGGUCGACCACGGCACCCCGUUCUGUUUGGCCAGUCUCAUCCCGUGCAUCUGUUUGGCCAGUCUCAUCCCGUGCAUCUGUGUGGCCAACACAAACCCGCCACCCCCGUGUGGCCGCAAGGAGGAUGAGGACGAUGAGGACACUCAGCCGUUGCCCGUCGAGAUCCACAGGUAAUUACUCUUAUAUACACACACGCCAUGCCCCAUUCAUGUGGUCAUGUCCCUGUGUCCACUGUGUCCAUGUCCACUGUGUCUAUCUGUCUGUCAGGCAAGUGUUUGUGCCCAAUGCAAUCACAAAAGGUAUGAUGAUGCUCAAGCGCUGGUGCUGCCCCGAUAAGAAGCCCGUCGCUGUGCAAGAUGGUCAAGGCCAGAUGCAGGCUCUCACCUGCCCCUGCCUCGACAAGCACAGCGACAACUUCGACCCACACGGGGAGCACUGCAUCUUCGAUUACCAGGCCCUCAGGAUCG